AUGGAUGGUGUUGAAAGUGAAAUUAGUGGUUUGAGACAGGAAAAUAUAAAAAUCUCAAAAAGUGUCGCAGUGCAAAAGGUGAAAUAUCAAAAACUAAAGGAAGAAAAUAAUCUUCUUUUAAAUAAAGUUAGUGCGUGUGAGAGCAAAAUAGACUAUCUUUUAAAUCGAGAGAGGGCAAAUAAUAUCGUCUUGUUCAAGAUUACAAAGAUGAGUAAAUAUAUAAGAAAAACUGAUAGAAAACUUAGGUUUACUGUACAAAUUAUGGAAGCGAUAAAAAAAGAAUUAUCAGAAGGAAAGUCAAAAAGACAAAUCGCCAAAGAGUUCAAUAUUCCCGAGGCAACGUUGCGAAAACGUUUAGUAGCUGGAACGAUUCCUUCGUCACUAGGGCGUUUUAAAUGUGUUUUUAGUCCAGAACAAGAAUUACAACUUGCCAAUCAUAUUAAGGAUUUAGACAUAAGAUUUUAUGGACUUACAAAGAAAGAUUGCCAGAUGUUGGCUUUUGAAUAUGCUGAAGCGAACAAUAUUGAAAAUCCUUUCAUUAAGGAAAAAAAAGCUGCUGGUGACAAAUGGAUUAAUAAUUUUUUCGCUCGACAAAAUUUAUCACUUCGUCAACCGGAAAAAUGCUCAAUGGGACGAGUCAUGGGUUUUAAUAAGGUGCAAAUGGAUCGUUUUUUCGCAAAUCUGAAAACUUUGUAUGAAAAGUAUCAAUUUUCACCAGACAGAAUUUUCAAUAUGGACGAAACAGGACUAAGUACAGUACCAAAUAAAAUGCCCAAGGUUAUCUCACAAAAAGGUAAAAAACUAGUUGGAAGAGUCUCGAGUGCUGAACGCGGUCAACUCGUAACAGGUAUUUGUUGUAUGAGUGCAAGCGGAUUAUUCAUUCCACCAGGUCUUAUUUUUCCUAGAAAGCGAAUGCGAGAUGACCUAUUCACUGAAGCUCCUGCAGGAACGUUAAAAAUGGUAUCUGAGUCUGGUUUCAUUAAUAAUGAUCUUUUCUUCUUGUGGAUGCAACACUUCAAAGAAUAUACUCGACCUUCUCAAGAUAGUCCAGUUCUACUCGUAUUUGAUAACCACAUUUCGCACAGAACUUUGAAGUUUGUCGAAUAUUGUCAACAAAACUUCAUUGAGCUCAUCACAAUUCCUCCACAUUCUAGCCAUAAAGUACAACCCCUGGAUAAAGGCUAUUUCGGACCGCUAAAGGUUGCAUACGGGCAAUUUUGUGAUAUGUGGCUCGUAAAUCAUCCUGGUAAAGUCAUCACACAAACAGAAGUAGCUUUCUUGUUUAAGCAAGCUUAUCAGAAAGUGUCCAGUAUUGAUAAAGGAGUCAAGUCUUUUGAAUCGACAGGCAUUUUUCCUUUCAACUCAGAAAUAUUUACUGACGAAGAUUUUGCACCAAGUUUUGUGAGUGACAGACCUUUUGCUGACAACAACGUUGUUGAAAAUGUUAUUCAACAACAAGAUAAUAAUUACAUUGUGCCUGAAGUUGUUGAAAUGCUAGUUGAGCAAACUGCCGAAGAUAUUGAAAAUGCAGUAAUAAUAAUCGAAGGAGUUAAUUAUGUCGAAAACUUAAUCAUCACAGAUGAAACUAGAAAUGUACCUUCUGUGGUUGAAGUUGAUAAAGAAGAAGAUAUAUUAAGACUAACCUCAGAAAUAAGAAAUGUAGAUCAAGAAGUGCAAGCUUCUGAAAUGACUAAGAGUCCGGCCGAUCUCCGACCACUUCCUCGAUUAAAAACAACUCAAAUUCGCAAUAAAAGUAAUCAAAAAUCAGAACGACAACUUAUGGAAAAGAAAAUUCAAAAAGAACAAAAGGCGAUGGAGAAAAAAGUAAAAAAAGCCGUUCCCGGAAAAUCCCAACCUAAGCGUAAAAAGUAA